CGAACACCGAGCAACUCGGUUCAUUUACGGCCCUUCUAAGAAUGCAUGUUUGUGUAAGCAUCAAAAUGACUUCACUGUGCAGAGGCCAGCUUGUACUAGCGAGACGAGCCUCUCCUGAAACUUUUACUUCUAUUUUCAAUACCUCAAGCAAAUUUCUUUACAAUUCUCCCAGUCUCCAUUUCAAGAGAUUUAUUCCCUUAACGACGUCGUUAUCUUCUCCCAUCAUCUCCAUGGCUCAGAAACAAACCGCAGCUGGGAUUUCUGCGGGGGCUAAUAAUGGAGGCGGUUGUGAUAAUGGCGCUGUUUUCCCUCUAUCUGCAUCAACCAUUCUCAAGAUCAUUCAAGGAGAUAUUACCAAGUGGUCUGUUGAUGGCUCCUCUGAUGCUAUUGUUAAUCCUGCAAAUAAUAGAAUGCUUGGAGGUGGAGGUGCAGAUGGAGCCAUUCAUAGAGCUGCUGGACCGGAACUCCUUAAUGCGUGCUGUAAGGUUCCUGAAGUCGAACGUGGGAUUCGCUGCCCCGUCGGAGAAGCACGUAUCACCCUAGGUUUCAAAUUGCCCGCAUCUCAUGUAAUCCAUACUGUUGGACCCAUCUAUGAUGCUGAUAGGAACCCUGCAGCAUCCCUGACAAAUGCAUACAGGAACAGUUUAGCGCUAGCCAAAGAAAACAACAUUAAGUUUAUUGCUUUUCCUGCUAUCUCUUGCGGUAUUUACGGGUAUCCUUUGGAGGAAGCUGCCUCGGUGUCUAUAUCCGCCAUCAAGGAGUUUGCCGAGGGAUUGAAAGAGGUGCAUUUUGUACUGUUCUCAGAAGAUAUCCUCGAUGUUUGGCUGAAGGCGGCAAAGGAAUUACUAUUGCCUUAGUGCGUAUAGAAUCAAGUAACCUUAUGGACAGGGGGAGUUGCAAAGCCUGAAAGCUGUUAUCUUAGUUUAGUUACCUGGGAAGUUGAUGAAACAUGUUUGAUGCUUGGCAGAAAUAUACUAGGAAUUGUGUGGAUUUUGUCAUACACUCAGUACUUUUGUGACUUUCAAUGGCUGAAAGAUAAGGGUAAAUGUAUGAUGUAAUCCAUGGAACUUAAAAUCAUCAUUAACAUACUGAACAGUUAAAAUCAGUUGAUAAAUGAACAAUUUCCUAUCUGGAAAUAUCAAUUUUACAAUUUCAAGUUA